GCUGUCUGCUAGGUUGCAGUGCUUUUCAGAGACUAGCAUUCUUCUGUGUCACAAAUCAGGGCCAUCAUGAACAACUGUUCUUUUGAGGAUGUGGACAGACUCAUGACAUCCCUGCAGCUGGUCAUCUAUAUCCCCAUUUUUGUGUUCGGGCUCAUCCUGAACACCAUGGCCCUGUUGGUGUUAUGUUUCGUGCUGAGGAAGUGGACUGAGUCCACUAUCUACAUGACCAACCUGGCGCUGAUGGACCUGCUGCUCCUUUUCCCCAUGCCCUUCAAGAUGCAUGCCACUAAGUACCACUGGAACGGGGACAAAAGGCCCUUCUGCUCCUUUCUGGAGAGCCUGUACUUUGUGAGUAUGUACGGGAGCAUCUACACCAUCAUGUGCAUCGCAGUGGACCGUUACGUCGCCAUCAAACACCCGUUCCGGGCCAAGCAGCUGCGCUCCCCGCGGGUCGCCCGGAUCAUGUGCGUGCUGAUCUGGGUGCUGGUGGUCGGGGCCACUGCUCCCGUCUACCGCUUCCACACCGAGAAUACGGCCGAGUUCCGCUGCUUCCACGGCUUCUCGGACGCGGGCUGGAACCCCGCGCUCAUUGUCUGCCUGGAGGUGCUCGGCUUCCUAGUGCCUGCGCUAGUGCUGGUGGUCUGCUCCGUCAAGAUCAUCCGCGCGCUGCAGGCCUCGCAGCAGGACAGAGCCACGAGCCAGGCCUGCAUCCGGAUCAUCUACAGCAACCUGUGCAUCUUUCUGGUGCCCUUCACACCCAGCCAUGUGGGCAUCUUCCUGCAGUUCUUGGUGCGCUGCGGCACCAUCACCGACUGCGGCACUCAGACUAACAUCAGCCUCUUCGUACAAGUGGCCAUGAGCCUGGCCAACGUGACCUGCUGCCUGGACGCCUUCUGCUACUACUUCAUCACCAGGGAAGUGCGCAGCGUCAGGGGCACAAUAAGACAGUCCCUCAGCCACCGCAGGACGAACAGCACGUCUGAAGUGUGCCAGGCCCCGUGA